AGCCAAAGAGCUAUAAACUUCAACCGGCCACAAGAGUGUGCAUGUGAGGUGACUGCAUUUUUUUUUUUUUCCUGCCAAACCAGAAUUAGCCGGUAUAGGAAUGAACGAGCAUGAGGAUUUGAAAUCGCGCCGAUUGGAAGGAAGCCCUGGCUAGGGUCGGGCACCUCCGGACGCACCUCUUUUAAAGCCGCCCAGACCGGGGCGUCGAGCGUUGAGCUCCACGAAACGCUCACCUGGCCUGGCAGCGAGCGGCAGACGGGCCCGGGCGCCCCGCACGAGCGCGCGGAGCCGGCGGAGAGCCGAGGCGCGGGCAUGCCCAGGAUGACAGGCGACAUCGCAACGCAUCUCCAUGCCCGGCUGCUCGGGGGGCUCGGAGCAGAGCAGCAAGCUCGGGGAGCCGGGCGGGGAGCCGAGUGAGGCCGCAGCCCGGCGGGCCGCGGGCGAAAAAUCUUGGAAAAUGUAUACAAGUCAUGAAGAUAUUGGGUAUGAUUUUGAAGAUGACCCCAAAGAUAAGAAGACGCUUAAGCCCCACCCAGACAUUGACCGAGGCUGGGCUUGGAUGAUGGUCCUUUCAUCUUUCUUUGUGCACAUCCUCAUCAUGGGCUCCCAAAUGGCCCUGGGAGUCCUCAAUGUGGAGUGGCUUGAAGAAUUCCACCAGAGCCGCGGCCUGACGGCGUGGGUCAGCUCACUCAGCAUGGGCAUCACCUUGAUAGUGGGACCUUUCAUCGGCUUGUUCAUUAACACCUGUGGGUGCCGCCGGACGGCGAUCGUGGGAGGGCUGGUCAACUCCCUGGGCUGGGUGUUGAGUGCCUAUGCUGCAAACGUGCAUUAUCUCUUUAUUACCUUCGGAGUGGCAGCUGGCCUUGGCAGCGGGAUGGUCUACCUGCCGGCGGUGGUCAUGGUGGGGAAGUAUUUCCAGAAGAGACGAGCCCUGGCCCAGGGCCUCAGCACCACGGGGACAGGAUUUGGAACGUUCCUGAUGACCGUGCUGCUAAAGUACCUGUGCGCGGAGUACGGGUGGCGGAACGCGAUGUUUAUCCAAGGUGCCGUUUCCUUAAACCUGUGUGUUUGUGGGGCGCUCAUGAGGCCCCUGUCCCCUCAGAAAGGCGGAAACAACCCAGGAGGGAAAGAUCCACGCGUCCUCCCGGAGCUCUCCACUGAGUCCGUGAAGUCAAACGGACAGCCGGGCAGAACAGAAGAGAGGGACGGCAGGCUCGGGAACGGGUACACCCUUGGUGACGUGCAAGCCCAGGAGUGCCCAGAUCAGGCCCUGCCCAGGAAGAACAUGUGGGCCCUGCGGGUUCUGAAGACCAUCAGCCAGCUGACCAUGAGGGUCAGGAAGGGCCUCUCGGACUGGUACUCGGGCUAUUUUGGGACGGCCUCGCUCUUUACCAAUCGAAUGUUUGUAGCCUUUAUUUUCUGGGCUUUGUUUGCAUAUAGCAGCUUUGUCAUCCCCUUUAUUCACCUCCCAGAAAUAGUCAAUUUGUAUAAUUUAUCGGAGCAGAACGAUGUUUUCCCUCUGACUUCAAUUAUAGCAAUAGUCCACAUCUUUGGAAAAGUGAUCCUGGGCAUCGUGGCCGACUUACCUUGCAUCAGCAUUUGGAAUGUCUUCCUGCUGGCCAACUUCACCCUCGUCGUCAGCAUUUUUAUUCUGCCGCUGAUGCACACGUAUGCCGGCCUGGCGGUCAUCUGUGCACUGAUAGGCUUUUCCAGCGGGUAUUUCUCCCUAAUGCCUGUCGUGACUGAAGACUUGGUUGGCAUUGAACACCUGGCCAAUGCCUACGGCAUCAUCAUCUGUGCUAAUGGCAUCUCUGCAUUGCUGGGACCACCUUUUGCAGGGUGGAUCUACGACAUCACCCAAAAAUAUGAUUUUUCCUUCUAUAUAUGUGGUUUGCUUUACAUGGUAGGAAUACUCUUUUUACUCAUUCAACCGUGUAUUCGAAUUAUAGAACAAUCCAGAAGAAAAUACAUGGAUGGUGCACACGUUUAGUGUCAUGUAAUGUUUCGUGUCAGAUUUCAUUGUGAUACUCAUGCCUACCUCACCUGGUUGCUGGGAGGCACCUAUGACAGAAUGUGGGAAAGCACUUUGUAUGGUAACUGGCAUUGUCAUUUGUAAAUGCCAUUGUCAUGGCCUCAUUUGUAAGCAGCACUGCCUCUCUGGGGACAAGCAAUGCUAGAAGGUAUUAAGGUCUACAUAUGUUUUAGAGAUGACAAUGUUCUUCAAAGACAGCCUAUUAAAUAAUGGGUAGAAAUGCCCUUAUAAAAACUAUUCUCUCCUAUCCACUGCAACUAGGGUUUUAGAUACAGCUUUUAAGGCAAAGACAGGGAAUAAAAGCUUUUCAACUCAACUGCUUCUUUGUAAGGUGAAACUGAAGUAUCUGUAUGCUUCUGGAAAGCUCUCAGAUAAAUGGGUUUCAAGCACAAGAAUAUGACUUGAUUCCAGAAAUUAAUUAUUACAGGGAGCUAUUGAUCUAACAAUAUAAAACAAAGGCAGGCUCUAACAAUUAAACAUGGGUUUUUUUGUUUGUUUUUUUUGUUGUUGUUUGUUUUGUUUUGUUUUUUGAGAUAGGCCUCACUCUAUCACC